AUGACAUCUCACAUCAUCUCACAAAGGAUUGGCUGGCUCUUGGAGAACGAGGGCGACAAGCCUUGCGAAGAGAUCUGGGCCGAAGCAGUCUCCCAAUCAACUGGCAGCGAGUCGCCUCAUCACCACUGUCCUGCUUGGGCUGGCAAAGGCAAUGCGGCCUGGAGAAAUGGAAUCUUCAGGGAAUGCUGGGACGUCAUUCGAGCUUGUGGUCACACGAUGGGUGUCGUAACGUGUACGCCGAGCUUGUCUGCUGCAACGGAGGUGAAGGCGUCGGCGAAGCAUGGAAAGGCUCUACCUCCGGUGUGUGGCCGCAUGCCCGUGGUUCCUUCUUGGGGCUCCGUGACAGAACGGCUCGCCAGUGGAGAGAUGGUGCCUCGCCUGCCGUUACCAAAGUUUCCAAAGUCGGUAGUCGGCAGUUUCUCUCAAGCUUUGCAUUGCCAUAGCGUCAACGUGAUGAAGGUGGAUGAUGCAUGGGACUUUCAGCUGCAGGAAACUCCCUGUCGUAUGGGUGUCCGAGAAGCUUCUCACAUGGAGAGUUGCCUUGCAGGCAGCUGGAUCGUAAUCAUCGGAGCCUCACAAGCUUCCGUGUGGACACAGCAGUUUGCCAAUCUCCUUGCCCCUGGUGCCCUGGACUCUCGACGAGACGGCUUUGUGUCUGAUGGCGUUUACCUGCACGCCGUGGAUUUGGUUAUUGAGAAGGGCAAGGUGGUGCACAAGGUGGUGGAGUUCGAAGGCGGGCACCUGCUUGAAGACCACCGAGGUGCACACUCGGAUGCCCACGAUGCGAUUGAGAUGCCUCAGACAUAUGCUCGACUGGCAGAAGCUCCUCCCUACAACCGUAGCUCUGGCCAGAUCCGUUUGACGCAUCUCAUCGCGGAGUUUUGGGAUGAGGCUGAGACGGCGCUGGUGGCCCUUGACUUGAUCUCUCCAGGAGGCUGGAAGAAGAGCCCCAUGUUUCUGAUCAUGGGGGUAGGGCUUUGGUAUGGCUAUGCCAAGGGCUGUGCCCUUGACUGGUGCGCCACCAGGCCCAGCAUUGCAGGUCUGGACCUAGAAUCGAUCCUCGAGAUGUUCACUGCCGGGCUGCGGAGGAUGGGAGAGAAGCUCCAGACCUUCUGCACUUCGGGGCGUGCUGCGGUUCACGGGUGCACUGUAAUGUCGAUUGAGUACUGCAGCGAGUUGUACCAGAACACAGUGUAUGUCCACCUUCAUCAAGCCAUGAAGCGUGGCAUCAAACCGUACGUUUCCGACAAGAUUCGUUACUUCGACUUGUGGGAGUUUUUGGAGCAGGUCCCUGAAGAUUGUCUCUUUGGCCACAUGUCUCCCGCAUCUACGAGCUUCCUGAUCCAAGCCCUGCUAGAUGGCGUCUGUCCAGCAAAUGAUGUCGCUGAUGCGACAUUAAUUGCAUUUGUUGGCAAGGCUUGCAGAUCAAGGCAGAUUGUGCCCGACUGUCCGGGAAUAAGCUGUGGCGGCUACAUGUACACCUGGGACUUUGCCCUCGCACAGAACUGUAAGCUGGUGGCUGCAGUUGAUCCAGUGCUGGAAGAGAAAGGGUACCAGCCGAUAAUGGCUGGUCCAGCUCUUGCCGCUCCCUGGAUGCUGAGGGCCUCUGCCCAAGCUACCCAAGCCAAGUGA